AAAUCCGCCUGUAGGGGGACACGCCCGACCUGAUGCUAUAUCUUGAGGGUCAGCGCUAGACUUCUCAGUGCGCGUUCCCCCCUCCCUCUUGCGGCCGUCCUGGGGGGGGGGGGCUGCUGGGCACUUCUUUGGGAGCUCGGGCGCCGUGACUCAGGGCUCUGGGCCCCUGACGAAGGGCUCUGAGCUCGAAAGGACCUGAGCACACUCCAUUUAGGGCCUACUGCACGGUGGCGGGCUUUGGAUCAAGCUACAUCAAGCAGUGCUUUCGAGUUGCCAGUACGUGUCGAUGCGGCCCUGGCAGUGGGCGUUCCUCCGUUACCCUCCACCCCGGCAGGAAGUGCUCCUAUUUUUUGUUGUUGUGAGUUUUAUGCCGCGCAAGCGUGCGGCGACUCAUCAGGGGGAGGUGCAGAGGUCGGUGAGCUCUGGGGGUUCUGGGGCGGAUGGGGUCUGGGCGGAGGGACGGGGCAGCUGCGGAGAGCAGAUGUGGCAUCAGCCAGGGGGGACUCUGUCCGUUGUUCCGUCGGGAAGCCUCGCGAGGUGCUGGCCUCCGUGCCCUGGCUCGUCGGUGCCUCCGACGACAGCGAGGGCAAGGGUGCGGCGAUGGUCCGAUGUACCCUGGUGCUUGCUUGCUGGGCUGCGGAGAGAUACUAUCCAGGACAGCCAGCCGUACAUCCGCUGCACACGUAUGGCUGCGCCGUCGUGUGGUUCGGCUCCACGCUCAUAGAGUGGGCCGGUCCGCGACCACACGACAGCAUGAUGACUGGGCUGGCGGGCCAGAUCGCCGGCUGCGACGGCGGGUACCGCUCGCCCUUCCUGAUCUACGCGCCGCUGUGGCUCACGGCCAUCGUAUUCGGCUGUGGCCUGCUGUGCUGCACUGGCGGGGCCGAUCUCUGCGACAGCGGCAGCGACGGGGAGGGCUCCGGAUCUGGCGGCGUGGUGCGGGCACGGCAAUCGAUGCGGCGAAAAGCGCUUCCGAUCAUCUACGGCUUCGCGAUGUCGAUGUCAGGUUUCGUCUUUGCCUCCGGCGUGGAGCGCGACGUGAUCGGCUGGGUCGUAUGGGGCGCUGCGCUGCUGGCCGUGGCAGUUGUGUGCGCCUGGCAGUGGCUGUGGUGCCUGGAUCUGCCACUCGUACUGUGGGCUCUGCUGAGCCAGAACAUAGCCACGCUGCUCCGCCUGGUUCAGGGCCAUCUGAUCUUCAGAGACUUUCGAUGGGACCCAGAGACCGAGAUGGGCCCGCUUAUAGUGUGGAAGCGCAUGGGCAUCUGGUUCUAUUGCCUGGGCUUCUUCCUGGUGGUCGCUGUUGUCGUGAUUUUUCUGAACUCGCCUACUGAGGACGAGCAGGCAGAGGACUCGGCGCAGCACCAAGCCCACGGUGAAUCCUGUCGGCUGGUGUCCCAUAAGGCGCCACCCGCUAUAAGCGCCAGGAAGCGAGCCUUAGUCAGGACAAGCCUGUGGGUAAUGUUUGCCCUGUGCUGCGUCUUCUGUGUUCUGGGCAUGACGCAGCCGCUCGUGAAGACGAAGUUCGAGACCCCCGAGACGGAGUGGGUACAGGCUGAGGGCACGGUGGUGCAGAGCAGCACCUCCCCAGGUCCUCUUAAGGGCAACCACGAGCAUGUGGCUUCAGGCGAGUCCUACACAGAUCUGAUCGCGAGUCUCUACGACAAGCGGUUGCCUUGCUCGGCCAUGGUCGUAAUCUUCAACACUGUCAUCAGGACACCCAUGCAGCUAGGCAGCUUUCUCGCAGUGAUGCUGCGCCCGUCCUUCGUGCCGGCCAGACUGCUGCAGAGCCUGCAGCAGGCGUUCAUCGUGGACCAGGCGCCUGGCUGGUUCGUGGGCCCCAUGGUCUUGGUGCUGAUCGUCGGCUUCAUCAACCAGACUGGGCCUGGGCACUCCCUCUUCGAGGCCGGCUUUGCCGUUGGCUUCUGGUUCUUCCUGGCCUUCUCGACGCUGUCCGUGCUGAUCGCGUGGACCUUCCAGGCCUUCCCGCAGGUGGGCGCGGGCGCGCAGGGCAGCAGCGGCGGCGAGGAGGGUCCGCGCCCCUGGCCGCCGGCGCACAGGCGCGUCGUCCAGGGGAGCCCGACCAGGGAGUUCUCGUCGGAUACGCUCACGUCCACGGACUCGGACUCCGACGGCUCGGGGCCCAGGACGACGCGGAGG